GCAACCCUCUGACGUCAUAAUUUCCUGCGUACUAGAAGCACUGUGCCAGAAGGAACAGGGCCAUUCGACGCCAACAGGUGAUAUCGGUGCUCGGCAGUGUUUUUCAGAGACAAUUCGUCGCUAUGACACAUCAGAUGCUGGGCCUCGCUGCCGUGCUCGCUCUCUUCGCGCUUCUCAUGGUUAGAUGCCAGGAAGGGAACGAUUGUUUCUGUUACUUGUACCUGGAUCAAGAUGGAAAGCGGACGGAAUUGAUGAAGGAAAGCACCGUGGUGCUGGGAAGUCUCUGCACCGAUGCGGACCACGGAGUCUGUACAGAGUGGUGCACCGAACAGAUGUCCAAGUUUGUGGAUGACCUGUCUGGGCGACCCAACGGUACGAGUUUAGACCAGUUCCUGUGUACGCUUACUGGGAUGGACGGUGUGAACGGCACACUUCAUACGAGCGUUGCUGUCUGUGACCAGGAACCCAUAGACGUCGGUCCCCAGUAUCCAAAUAGGCUGUGCUGUGUAAAGGGACAACGUAUCCCAUGCUAGUUUUUCCUGUCCUCAAUUGUCUGUAAUAAAAGUCUCGUUUUAUCCA